AUGAUUCUCAUCAGACCUUUCCACUCGGCUGUGAAAGAUAUUGUUCUUGCUCAACUUUUGGCUAACAAGGAGUACCAACAACAUCGUGACAAGUCUUCAACCGUUCCAGAUAUUGCUGAAAACGUAUCUGAUUUCGAUGGAGUACUUUACUCUAUUGUCCAGAAACCCGACAGCAAUAUCCUCACCGUCAGCAUUUCCCUUUCUUUUUAUCAGGAGAUCGAAAAAUUUGGUGACUCCAAGGUGCUUGUUAGGGAAUAUGGAAGUUAUCUUAAACCUCGUGCGGAAUCUGGCACUUCGGUCACACUUGAAUUCGAUUGCAACCGUCUUCCCAGCGAUUUGGAAGCGGUUGCCACGAAAGCUGCCCUGCUUCGCCGCAAUUGCUUUGCCAGUGUGUUCGAGCACUUCUUUGACUAUCAGGUUGCUAAUGCUUCGUCAGCUUCGGCCAAGGUUCUCCAGGGAACCAUUCAUUUCCGUCCCGAUGAAACUAUGUUCGUACAAGCCAUGUCGGAUCGUGUGACUGUUAUCUUCAGCACUCGAUUUAAGGACCCUGACGAUGUUGUUCUAGGCAAGGUCUUUCUUCAGGAAUUUGCCGAAGUAAAACGUCGUUUCGACGGAGCCCCUCAAGUCAUCUACCAACCUCGAGACCCACCAAAAGAGCUUCAAGGCACCGAUGCAGCUUCCGGCGAAAAUAUCGUCUACAUCACUUUUAUUCUUUCGCCGCGACACGCAUCACCGCAAUUUCGGGCAAAUACGAUCGACCUUAUUCACCUAAUGCGUACCUACAUGCACUACCACAUCAAGUGCAUGAAGGCCUACUUGCAAUUACGGAUGCGUGCCAAGACAAGUGAAUUCCUCAAGGUACUCAACCGCGCUCAUCCCGAUUCGGACGUCAUAGCCUCAAGGAACUAUGCUGUUAAUGAUUCUGACCCAUCGGGCAUUCAAAUGCUGGGAUCCUCCGCUAGUUCCGAGGGCAUAGCCAGGUAA